CGGGAGGACCCGCUUCCUAACCCGGAAGGGGAGGCUGGCAUGUGUCUGCCGCCUUCCCCACGUGCGUUGCGUCCCAGCGAUGGCCGCGGAGGAGGAGGAGAGCGGCGGCGAUCAUCCUCCCCGGGGGCCAGAGGCGUCCAGCCCGGCCGCGAUCGCCCACCCGGGUCGGCUUCUGGGUCAGAACCGGCGGUUCCUGGAUUUCUUCUGGGACCUGGCCAAGCCCGACCAGGGGGUCCGCCUCAAGGCCACCGAGGGGCUCCUCGAAGACCUGCGGGAGAGCCCGGCGGAUGGCGAUCUGUUGAAAUACACGUUGAAACGGCUGGUGGACGGGUUAGGAGCCACCCGGGAAACGGCCCGUCCUGGGUUCAGCUUGGCUUUGGCCCAGGUAUUGCAGACUUUUGAGGAAAUACCCCUCCUCACCGUCUUGGAACAAAUCAAAGAAAAAUACGACCUUCACAAAGUGAAAAAGAAACUUUUCAGAAAUGCUUUGUUUGGCAACUUUUUUGGGGUGCUGGCCCUGUUCCAGUCUGGACGCCUCGCUAAGGCGUCGAAGGCUCUCCUGGAAUGCGUCCAGCUUCUUCAAGGCCUCUCCGAGCAUUACGCCCACCUGAAAGAUCUUCCCCGGAAGACACUGGCCGACAUUGUUGCUGAGAUCCCUGAAGCUGUUUUUGAGGAAGUUCUCUUUAGCAUCCUGGAAGAUGAUCUCACCUCAGCUUUUAGCACUCCCGGGCAGCUCUACCUCUUACUGGUCGGCAUCCAGAACUUCCCAAAGGUUCUCCGGCCAGAGAAGCUGAAGGUGCUUCUGGGCACGUCGGCUGUCGUCACGACGGAAAACAUUCCCAGGUUGGUGGAGGUUUUGAAAAUGGCGGCAAAGUCUGAGAAGAGGGACCGAUCUCUUCCAACCGUCGCCCUGGACUUGGUGAAGGUCGCCUUGAAGGAAGGCACUUUUGAACUCUUCUGGAAAGAAGCCAUUGAAAAAGGACUGCUUCUGGAUCAUACAGGACCGUGCAGUUACAUGUGCUUCCGUUUGCUGGGCAGCGCUCUUCCACUUCUGUCUCUCAGCCAGCUAAAGAUGGUUCUCCGAGGGGAAGUGAUGCGCCAGUACGGGAUCCAUGUUGUGUCCACAAAGCUGCCCAAUAGGUUUAAGUUCGCCCCGGAGAUGGAAACACUGGUGGGCUCCUUUCUGGAAGGGUGCCAGGACCCCGAAAAGCAGCUGGCGGUCAUGGUCGGCUUCUCCACCCUCACCAAUCACGGGUACCCGGUCGUGCCCACCUUCUGGAGAGUGGUGAAGCAUCUCCUUCCUGGCGCCCUGUUGAAAUACAUCGAUUGGCUGAAGGACAUGUUCGUCCAUCCGGACCUGGAGGCCUGCGUGGAUUUUGCUACCAAGCGGCAGCAGCAGAACGAGAAAAAAACAAAUACGGAGUUGACUGAGCACUGCGUGACCCGCUUGAGGAAAUGGCUCAUCGCCCGUCUCGUGGGGAUUGUCGAAAAUCCGCAGAUAAAAAGGGAAGAAGCGUUUGUGACCGACGUUUCCAGGUUCUGCUUCUUUCAUGCUUUUUUCAAGACCAGGAAACCGACCCCAGAGAUAACAGAGACGGGGGAUGUCCCGUCGGUGCCUCUGAGCGAGUCGACUCACACGGCAACCGCGGAUUCGUUUUUUAGUUUGCUUCAGCAUUUGAACACGAUGCCCGCCCUUGGGGAGUCAGCCGAAGCAGAGGAGCUGAGGAAGAAGCACCUCCAUGGCUUGACCACCAGCGGCGACCCCUGGAUCUAUCUCGUCGUCCGGUACGCUGACCUCCUGCUUUCCCGGCCAGAGCAUGCCGAGGCUGUGGUACCGUUUAGCAAAGAGGAGAAGUUUGCCUGGGACCGGAUGUUAAAAACGGUGGAGACCCUGCAGAAGAAAGAGAGGAAGAGUCGUACGUUAAAGACCGCAGCCUUCCAACACCUUCUCCUCUUGGUUGGCAUUCACUUGUUCAAGUCUCCUGCCGAGUGUGUACCCCUCCUGAACGACUUACAGAACUGCACCAAGCGGGCCUUCGGGGAGAAGCCCCCAAAGAGAAAAUUGGCUCCAGCCAGUGGGGAAGAGGAACCCGAAUGGGUGGAGGUGAUUGUGGAAGUCCUCCUGUCGCUUCUAGCCCAGUCCAGCGCCCUCAUCCGGAAGGUGUGCAAGAGCGUGUUCGGGCUGGUGUGUCAACACAUGACGAAGGAAGCCCUACAGCUUGUGCUGGACGUUCUUGAUCCAAAACAAGACCAGGAUGAAGAGAAUGCAGUGGUGGUGGUAGAAGACACUCAAAAGAGGAAAUCUUUACCAGAUCAUGAGAACACAAACGAGGAAAGCGACGAAAGUUCGAGCGAGGGUAGCUCGGACGAAAGCGCCGUUGAGGGAGACGAGGAGGAGAUGCGAGAGACGGAUAGCGAAGCCGAGGGGGCGGUGGACGAGAAUUUCCGAGCCAUGCUCCAAAACGUUUUGCAGGCCGGGAGUGCCCUGGGUGGAGACGACAGCGACGAAGACGUUGACGACGAGACCAUGAUGUCCAUGGACGAGAACCUCUCGGCUCUCUUUGCCGAACAGCAGAAACGCAUCCAGGCCAAAAAAGACGAGAAGGAGAAGAUUCGGAAGGAGAAGAUCUUGCGUCGGGAAUUCAAAAUCAAGGUCCUGGAUUUGGUCGAGGUUUUUCUGGCGAAGCAGCCCGAGAACCCCCUCGUCUUCCUGGUGAUCGACCCCCUUCUCUCCGUGAUCGAACAGAGUAUGAGCUCGGAAUCCAAUAAGCAGGAACAGGAUUACCUCCGAAAGACCGCCGAUAUUUUCACGAACAGUUUGUGUCGAUCCAAGCAGUACUGCAAAAACGUGGCCCCCAUCCGCGAGGAACUGCACACCCAGCUGGAGAGCUUGGUCAAGAGAGCGUGUAAGCAGAGUGACUCCUCGGUAGCCCUCUACUGCUUCAGCGCGUCUUUGUACCUCUUCCGCGUGCUGAAGGGGAACCCAGGAACAGACCCCAUGGAAGCCCAGCCGAAAAAGAAGCUGAAGGCCAGCGGAGGCAGUGGGACGCCAGCUGGUCAGCCCUUGACCGUCGGCAGUCUGGAUUUGGACCGAGCGGUCGGGAUCUACGACGAGGCUUUGAAGCUCUUCUUGACGAAACGCAAAAGUCCCCUGACAGGGGCCAUGUUCCUCGAUCUUUUUCAACGCCAACCGGUCAUCUGCAAGCCGCUGAUGGCCACCGUGGUCAAGUCCAUCACGGAUGGAGCCCGGCAGCACCAGCAGGCUCAGGCGUGCAUGCUUCUCCUGAAAGCUCUGCAGACCCGAGAUUUCAGGGCCUCGAUGUCGGAAAAAGACUGGGAAUCGUUGAUUUGCGAGAGCACGGAUCAAGUCACCCGGACUUUAAAGAUGACAAACGAAUUCAAGGUCAAGGUCGACCAAGAAAAAGUCCUCAAGUGCCUGGAGCUGCUGAAUUAUCUCAUCAGGACGGCGACCAAAGAGAAUCUCAGCGUGGAGCUGUCCGAGCUGCGUGUGGUGCUGCAGGAGCUGGGGGCGCACGGAGGUGUCGGGAAAUCCGUCCGGCUUGAGGAUACCUACUGGAAUGUGAUGACGCUCCUGGGCUACGUGAGACCGGUGAAGGAAAAAGCCCCCACCAAGCCUGCCAAGACGAGCAACGUCGAGCCUCUGAAACGGAAAAAGAAAGGUUUUCUUCCGGCGACCAAGAUCCGUAAAAACCGUAAGAAGGUGCCCACCGCCGGCCAGUCCCAAGAGGAGGGGGCCGAGAAGAGCAGCCACGAGACCGUCGUGGAGGAAACCGGCACCGGCCUGGCGGGGAAGAAGAGGAAAUGGAAGAAGAAGAAGAACAAGAAGAAGAAGAAGCAGCAACAAGCCAGCGGAGGAACCGAGGGCGAAGGAUCCGGACAAGGUCCUCCGGCGAAGAAGGCGACGCGGCUGCCCGGGGUGUCCAGAAAGACUCAGGCCCGGGCCGAGGGGUUGAAGAAGAAAAAGCCAAAGAAGAAAGGGAAAAAGACGGAAACGCCUUCUGCGACGAGCCAAACAGGUUGAGGAGCGGGAGGGAGACGCGGUGGAUUUUUUCUGAGCAUACAGAGAAAUAGCGGGCAAUUCAGCCGUCCCAUGGCCCACGUGCAGCCCUUUAACGCACCCCAUAUGCCCCCCGUGAAGCGGGCACGAUAAUACCGUUUUUAUUAAUUCCCGACUGAUUUGCUCGGUGUGUUUCAAAGCUGAAAAAUCACUUUUUCCCCCUCUUAAAAAAAACACAACAGCAGCCAGUUGCUUCCGUUCCUGAAAUGUCUUUUCAGUCCUAAGUCAGAUCCUCGGCCCUUCUUUGACGUAAAAAUGACACAUCACGGCCCCCCACAGGCUUCGGGGGGGGCACCGUCUGUCAUUUGGGGGCCUCCAGGAGGGGGUUUCAAAGUCUGAAGGAAGGCAGAAGUAACUCUUUUUCAAUGCAGAACAUCCAUUUUUUUGCACGGUCACGCGAUUCUGAUCAUCCAUCCCCGUUGUCCGACACUUAUGUGCUGUGUGGGUGCUUUUUUGUAAUCUUGCACACACUCAGAGGAAGAGGAUCUAAGAUAGAGGACCUCAAAAGCACACCCUGGGUUUCUGUUGAAAAAGUGUCGUGUAUUUGAUGCUUAGAACUAAACGUGUAACUCUAAACUUAGCUGCACAUUGACAGCUCCAUGAAACAUUUGAUCGAUUUGAUCCCGAUCUCUUUGAUUAAGUAUCUGAUACGUCAAUAGCUUCGGGUUGUUUAUUGGUGUAUGUAUAUACUUUUUUGUAUGUACAACAUAGAGAGCAAAAUGGUUUUUUAAAAAUCCUUAAAUAAAGAUCAGUUUUUAAGAAGCA